ACCAAAUUCAUUGCGAGUCUCUCUUACGGUACGCGUCUUCAACUCGCAAAGCACUAGAACCACAAAUUAUACUGUUUAAACAUGGCUUCCGCUAAACUCACGUGGCUCAUCACCGGCUGUUCGUCUGGUUUUGGCCUCUCGCUGGCGCGGAUUGCACAGGCUGGAGGCCAUAUCGUCAUUGCUACCUCGCGCAACCCGUCUCGCACCCCAGACUUGGUUGCUGAAAUCGAAGGCAAGGGCGGAAAAUGGGUCCAGCUGGAUGUUGACAGCCCCCAGAGCGGCGACGUCGUCGCCGAGCUCGAAAAGGGAGGCAAUAAGAUCGACGUGCUUGUCAACAACGCCGGCUACUCCAUCUACGCGCCCAUCGAGACCAUGACCGAGGCCGAAGCCCGCUCGCAACUCGAGACCAACUACUUCGGACCGCUUCGGUUGAUCCGCGCCGUCCUACCGCAUAUGCGUCAGCGUCGCUCGGGCGUCAUCGUCAAUAUAAGCAGCGGUGCCUCGCUCGAUGGGAUCCCGACCAUGGGCGUGUACGCGGGUGCCAAGGCUGGAUUGGACGCAACGACUAGAAUUCUUGCGAAAGAGGUCGCGCCGUGGAACAUCCGCACAUUGACGGUGGUCGCGGGCACUUUCAACACCAACAUGCCCAACGCCGUCGUGUUGGGCGAAACGCCGCUCCCCGACGACUUCAAGGGCACCUUCGCGGAGCAGGUUCAGCAACUCCUUGUCGCGGGCAAGGUCAAGCCCAACGGCGACAAGGACAAGGCCAUGAAGGCUGUAUACGAGGUUGUGGUGGGCGAGGGUGUGGGAGAGGGCAAGGAGGCUGAGAAGCUGCUGCCGCUUGGGAGCGACAUCACUCCACGCCUCAAGGGACUUCAGGACAACGCUGGCCACGUCAUCGAGGUCUUUGGCUCUGUUACAAACGGCGUCGAUGUGGAAAAAUAGACUCUGGUACUCUUUUCGGGGGACACCACUUC